AUGUUCCCACCUCAAAAGGCGAAAACGAGGGGAGAGGAAAGGUGAGGAAGGUGACAAGAUCAUUGGAAAUACGUAAAUUGCUUUUCGAAUACUUUGAGGUUUGGAGGAGGGUAGCCCGAAAGUCGUAGUCAAAAAUAAGAUACGUAUUACCUAUUAUAUGAUAGUUAGAAAAGGCAGGGUAAAUACGUCCACUUCAUUUUUUGCGAUGACAAAAAAUUGUGUGCUGAAUGAGAAGAUGACAUUGAAAAAGUCCCAAAAUACAGUAAUUCACCGCAUUAUGCAAUAAGUAGCAUGGUAAAAUACGAGUUGUAAAGUCGGUUUUUGAGCCUGGGAUCAAAACUGGCUGUAUGGAAAACAGGUUUCGACCAAUGCCCAACAAUGUGAGCCUAACAAAGUUACUGAAUAAUCGGAUUUAAAGAGUAGAGUAAAAGGUUGUGGCUAUAGUUUCGAAUGAUCUAAAAUUACAUUACGUCGUAUAAUCAUGUGCAAUGUCCUUGUGCUUUGCGACCUUUAUAGACUUUACGUGCAACUAUUUACAAGGUUCUACAGCUGAAUUGAGGAAGGUACGGUCGGAGAAUGCCCUUUCUUUGAUCGUAUCUUCUCUGUACUAUGGCGUCGCAACACUUGAGGGCAACCACUUUGUGGGCAGCAGGCAUUUGCCAAUUAGAAUUGCGAUUUUUCUACCGUAAUAUACGAAUCUAUCUUAUCGGAAAAAAAUAAUCUAAACUUGUGCCAAGUUUUAUUGCAUGCUGAGCCGCGCAUUUCGAGCCUACUGUAGGAAGUCUUCAGUCGAAUAAAUUCUUUUCACUUAUUUUUAUGAAACUAGGAUCGUACCACGGUAGUUAAAUUAUCAUCAAAACUUUCAACUUACUCCAAACAACGAAUAACCGCCGCUCUUGAAGAACAUGACAAGCUGAAUAAAGUCUAGAAAGAGAUCUUCCUCAAAAUACAAACUACCCUUAACACCUCCUUGCUAUUUUUACGUGGGCUUGGGUUUGUGAACUCGCGUUCCUCAUUAUUUGCCCUUCUAUUUAAGCACUACUACUAUUAGCCGGGGUAUUUACAAACCUCGAAAAUCGGAGUUAAUUUCGAUAAGACUACAGUAGGGUCUGAAUUUGUCAUCUCUGGCUGCAACUCUCACCUUUUAUUCGCCAGCUCACGUCAUCCCGUAGGAAGGUCUGGAUAAACAGUAACUCUAGAAGAGAGAAGCCAAGCCCGAUCAGAGAUUACUUACUAUUUAUGACUUGUUUAGAACAUCGAUCUCUAGAAGGGCUCUCAAAUCUAAAGUCACCUUCAAAAGUCAUGUUUUUAAUGGGAAUGUUUACUUUUUAAGGUGUAUUUACCUUUUUUUAGACUGAUUUUCUCAACUUUUUUCAUGGAUCCAGCUGUUUUUUCGAACAAAAAAGUUGCGCUUUUAAACUUUUUGCAAAGAAGUUUAGGUAAAUUUUGCUACAAAGACGCCCAAGUUGGGAUCUCGGAUUACUUUUGGAGCUUGCAGACAAAGUUUGAAGGGGUCAAAAUGAUCUUUUAAAAUUAACAAAAAGACGUGCAAAAAUCAGCAAAAAAUCACGAAAAGUUUUCAGCAAUAACAAGUGAUUUCAAGAGUAUAAAACAAAGUAAAAAUGCUACUAUGUCAUGUAAAAUCACAACCAAAAUCUGAGAAGAGCGCUUCGACGGCUUGUCGGAUCCAGCGGUCUUUGCUUUUGCGCGAUUUGCAUAAUCAAAAUUGAAUUUUUGUCGAUAAAAAUGGCUUUUUCGGGAGUAAAAAUGAAUCAGCGGAACAGAAGGGAGUUACUAUUGUCAGUAAUUUUGGUUCAAAUUUUGAUGGAUUAAAGUAAAUGGAAGACGUGAUUACUCGGAGUUGAGGUUGUUGAAUUAGACUAGACUUUUUGAAAAACAAAAAGGUCAAGGAAUUUGAAAAAAAUUUACGAGAAAACUGUGCAAAAAAAUUUUCUUAAAGGACCACAAAAGGUAUUUUUUGAACCGAAAUUUGCUCGGCUAAAAAAUUGACUAUCAGGAAUUUUCGUGUCGAGAAAAUUCCGGAGAACAAAUGUUCUCGAUUUAUUUUCGGAUAAAAAGAUUUCCCGAGCUUCUGUUCCGACCUUCUUGUACAUGGUCUGGCAGUUCCACUCGAUGCAAGGAAGCAUUAUAACCGUUUCUGCAGUUCCAAUUUGGACCACCACCUCGAGAACGACAUGUAAGUCAAUAUUUUAGUGUUUUUAGCGAGUUUAGGUAAUUUUUUGACAUGGAAGUGCAAGAAAGAGAAUUUAGUUCCAUAAUAAGCCAUCCAGGAGUGCUAGUGGCCGAGUUUUUGGAAGGUUACAGUCAAAAAUUGACCAAAAUCCCUUGUGUAAUAUACUAUUUUCAGGAACUCGAAUCCGGAUGCUGCCAGAUGGCUUCAUUCUUUCCACAAGGACUCGCAAAAGCAUCUUACGAGGUGUGAGACCGGUAUAAGUCAUUGAACGUUCAACAUUUAGGCUUUUCAUUGAGCUGAUGUCAAAAUAUGAAAGGUGAGAUUUCUCUUUGUUUUCAUGGUUUAGGUCCGGAAAUCUUUGCUCCUUGAGCAAGAAAAUCGUUUCGGCUUUCUAAUGAUACCAUCUUGAAUGUGGUUGCACCAUUUUACGCCACACUAUUAGCAAAACCAUGAUCAAUCGGUCCAGUGUAAUAUAAUUCUUUCAGGCGAAGACCUCCACAGCCGCGAAGCUUCGACAUGUCAACUAGCUGUAAAAGUACGGACAAUAGGAAGGUCUCAUCAUCAAAAAAUCUGGAGGAAUGA